UUGCUUUUGACGUUAGGUUGAUGUUUGUCAUUUUAUCUGGCAUGACGCGUAAAUAGUAAAGUUUUGUUUUAUUUGAUAAAUUCAACUCAUUUUUAUAAGCAAUUGAAGAAAAGGCUUUGUAAUAUUUCCUUUUUGAAGUGGGCUGCGUGCCAUAAUCAAAAACCACCAUGCCGUAUGCCAAUCAACCUUCGGUGCAUAUAACUGAAUUAACCGACGACAAUGUUAAAUUUGUAGUGGAAGACACCGAAUUAAGCGUAGCUAACAGUAUGCGCCGUGUAUUUAUUGCUGAAACUCCGACUAUGGCCAUAGAUUGGGUUCAAUUGGAGGCAAAUUCAACGGUCCUCAGUGACGAAUUUCUAGCCCAUCGAAUUGGUCUGAUACCGUUAAUAUCUGAUGAUGUCGUUGAUAAAAUUCGCUAUUCAAGAGAUUGUAUGUGUGCAGACUUCUGUUCGGAUUGCAGUGUAGAAUUCACUUUGGAUGUAAAAUGCACAGAUGAUCAAACUAGACAUGUAACAACUGCAGAUUUAAAGUCAAGUGACCCCAGAGUGGUUCCAGUCACAUCUAGACACAGGGACGAAGAUCAGGCGGAGUAUGGUGAGAUGGAUGAAAUUUUAAUUAUUAAGCUUAGAAAAGGCCAAGAAUUGAAGUUAAGGGCUUAUGCCAAGAAAGGAUUUGGCAAAGAACAUGCUAAAUGGAAUCCAACAGCGGGUGUUUCAUUUGAAUAUGAUCCUGAUAAUGCUAUGAGACAUACUCUAUAUCCUAAGCCUGAUGAAUGGCCGAAAAGCGAGCAUACAGAGCUUGAUGAAGACCAGUAUGAGGCAGAAUUCAAUUGGGAAGCUAAACCAAAUAAGUUCUUUUAUAAUGUAGAAUCUGCUGGAGCUUUGAAACCUGAAAAUAUUGUUUUAAUGGGUAUUGUGGUUUUAAAAAAUAAGUUGCUUAAUUUACAAGUACAGCUAGCACAAGAAGCCCAAAAUGAUGCAUUAGCAAUUAAUUAAAUUUCAAAUUAAUUUUAUCAAUAAAUAGUAUAUGUAAGUUAA